AUGUCAUGCUGGGGAUGCAUGUGCUAUACUUUUCAUGAAAAGAGAGCAGCUGUCCAAAGUCAUGAUCACUUCGUUGGUCUUGCACAGUUUACGAUUCAAAUGCACACUGACAUGUUUCAGAGGAAGGAUCAGCAGCUGAAAGCACAGCAAGGAACUGUUGAAAAUCAUAUCCGGCGGAUAGUUGAAUUAGAAGCUGAAGUGACUUCACUGCAGGUAUGUGAAGAUCGAUUUCUCUUUUCUGUGAUGUGA